AUGAGAUUUCUCUGCUUGCCCGGUGGCUAUUCCAAUGCCAAAGCUCUUCAAUCGCAGAUGGGUCCACUUUGCGAAUCACUUCAAUCAACUGGAGAUGCCACGUUCUUCUUCACCCAAGGAACCACGCCAGUGACAUGUCCUCCUGAAUAUGCCGGCUUUUUCGGUCCACCUCCGAACUUCACGUUUGGCCGGGUAGAUGACCCCGAACUCCUUUCUUUCAACAUGCGGGAUUUUCCCAAGCGGGAGACGCCAGAAGCCACCAUGCAAUGGGCUAUAGACAAGGCAGGAAAUCCUGCUUUCCCCAGUAUCGCCUCAGUAGUCGAUCGAUUGAUCGAUAUUUUGGACAGAGAAGGCGACAUUGAAGGCAUUAUCGGGUACUCUGAAGGUGCAGAGAUUGCCGGGUCGCUAAUUUUAGAAGAAGAUAGAAGAAGGAAGGCUUAUGGCAGAAUCCCUCGUCUGAAAUGUGCUGUCCUCAUGUGCGGCUGGCCUCCAAAGGACCCAGUUACUGGAGAGAUCAUUCUGGCAGAUGAAGACAGCGACGAAGCCGUCAUCACUAUUCCUACUCUUCAUGUUGUAGGAGCGGCUGAUCCUUACCUUGAUGCGUCAAUGGCACUGUAUAAUUUGUGCGAUCCCGACCAAGCUGAUCUUUUCGACCAUGGAAGUGGCCAUGUUAUCCCACGAACCAAGCAUAUUUGCGAUGAUCUGAGUACUGUUCUACGGGACAUGAUCGUCUCUGUCUGUUGA